UGUGAGGGGCUGAGGUAGCGAUGGCGGCGCCUGCGCGGCGGGAGAGCGCCCAAAGCGGCGUUUAGUGAGGGGGUUGGGUGGGGGAUCCUGGGGAAGGAAGGCUGAGCCCGCUGUCAUGGAGGCUGCGUGACUCCUCUGUGAGGAGGAGGAAGCUGUGAGGGGUUAGCGGAGGGGGAUGAAGAGCCCCAGAGAGGAGGAGGAAGGAUCCUGCGCUGCCGCCUUUCCCGCCUCUCCCCCCCCUCACCUCAUCCUUCCCCGGCUCCUGAGGGGCUGAGGGACCAAGAUGGCGACGGCAGCGGUGGGGGGGACGCGGGGGAAGCCGCCCCCUGUCACCCCCCAACAGAUCCGUCACCUCAUCGAGGGGGGAAUCGCCCCCGAAGCUGCCGGAGCCGAGGGGAAGGACACAUCCAACUGGUUGGAAUCAGCUAAUGGGUCUUCUCAAAUGGAUGCUCUCUCCCUGGAGUCUGCCAGCAAGGAAGCCUAUUUCAGCAGAGUAGAAACAUUCACCCCCCUGAAGUGGGCAGGCAAACCCCACGAGCUGUCCCCCCUGGUUUGUGCCAGGUAUGGCUGGACCAACGUGGAGUGUGACAUGCUGAAGUGCUCCAGCUGCCAGGCUUUCCUCUGUGUCAGCCUCCAGCUCACCUGUGACUUCAACAAGUAUAAGGAGCGCUGCAUGGAGCUGAAGAAGGCCUUGUGCACUGCUCAUGAGAAGUUCUGCUUCUGGCCAGACAGCCCCUGCCCAGAUCGUUUUGCCAUGCUGCUGGUGGAUGAGCCCAGAGCUCUUCUCCAGGACUUCCUGGAACGUUUCCAGAGCCUCUGUCAGCUGGAGCUGCAGCUGCCCUCCCUCAGACCAGAGGACAUGAAAACCAUGUCCCUGACAGAGGAGAAGAUCAGCCUCCUCCUCCAGCUGAUUGGGGAGGAACUGGAGCAUAAAAAGGAGGGAGAGAAACCACCCAUGAAGUUUGCCACAGAAAUCCUGCAGGUGCACGUUCCUGCCUGCAUCCUGGCACUCUGUGGCUGGACCUGCAGCGUUUCUGCCGGCUCCGUGCACCUCUCAGUGAUCACCUGCUCCCGUUGCAUGAGGAAGGUUGGGCUCUGGGGCUUUCACCAGCUGGAAUCUGGGGGGCCAGAGCUGGACUCCUGCAGCCCCACCAGUGCUUCACCCACUCCCCCUGAGAGGUUGCUGCUUCUGCCCACCUCUCCACGCAGGAUGCUCACCCGCAGCCAAGACACUGCCUCCCCGGGCUCUGAGCAGCAUGAGAAGAGCCCCUCCCCAUCCAUCCCUCGACCCCGGAGCUGGGAUUCUCCCAUCCCCCCAGAACGAGCUGAUCUGGAAGUGGCCACCCCUGCUCCCAGGAGCCGCCCUGUCACCCGCAGCAUGGGGCAGGGGGACAACGUGGAGGUGCCAUCCAGUCCUCUCCGUAGACCCAAGAGACCACGGCUCUGCUCUUCCAGCAGCUCUGACACUUCUCUGAGGAGCUUCUUUGAUCCCAGCUCACAGCAUCGCAAUUGGUGCCCCUGGGUCAACGCAGUGGAGGGAGGGGAAGCCCUGGAAGAUACCACAGCCCAGGUGGAGAAGAAGCCUCCAAAGGCAGAGCCAGGCUGGAGAGUGGUACUGGACACACUCCUGGCCACCAGAAAAUGUGACAGAGUGCCUGAGACAGAGCCUGUGAGCCUCUCAGUCAAGUCCUGCAAAGUGUUCCGCAUAUUCCGGCAGUGGGAGAGCAUGAAUUCCUCCUGACCAGACAGACCUCUGCCUCUGGGAAUCUCCAGCCUGGGCAGCACGGGGCAUCACCUUGGUGUGGCAGAGACCUCAGAGUUGUUCCCACAGCAGCUCCAUGCCCUGGGGAGGGGAUGCUGAGGAGGCUCUGUGCCAAACACAGCCCCGAGAGGCCACUGGGACCCCCUUUCCCUCUCUCUGCCUUCCUUCAAGCCCCCCUUUACCUUCACAAACUGCUGCUGCUGCUGGAGCCCUUGGCCCCAGGGGCUUCCAGAGCCCUGAUUGGAGUUUGGGACAUGCCUGUGGGUGCACGGGGAGAAGGAGGAGACGUGGUCACCUCACCAAGGUGACCAUCUUGUCCAGCUGUGACCCUUCAGGGAGGUGACGCCAGGUGGGAAUAAACAUUUCACAUUUGUUUUUUU